UGAUAGCGGACUGGGAAUUUACUAGAAAAAUCCAGGUUGAGAAGGAAGAAAAAAUAACAAGAACGCACCCAGCUGACAACUCCAAAACGUAUUCUGUGUGCGUGUGUGUCAUUAGUUUUUCUCUGGCCAAACGUUCUGAAAAGUGUAUUAUCUUAAAACAAGUGAUUUAAACGAGGCCAUGGGUCCAGUACGGAAAACUGAUGGCGCCAGCGGUAGCAACGGUAUGGAAACAACUAAGCCAUACGUCAGACAGAAACCGCAGCAGGAUGAACGGUCUCGAAAGCGAUUGCGCGUUGAGAGAGAUUCUGACGACGAUGUGCAAAUUUUAGAAGACGACGAAAUAGGCCUCCCUUCUGGUAGAACUAGCCAGAAAUUUGCUGGCAGAGAAUCCACUACUCAUAAAGAGCCAGAAACAAGUGGGAAAAGUGGCCGUUCUUCUAAGAAUAACACUGAAAGCAAAGGAAAAGGUCUGAAAAACGAAAGCCAACCAGCAGCUGAGGAGGCUGGUCCAUCCACCACAAUGGUAGAUUACUACAAGAUCCUUGAAAUACAGCGCAGUGCAUCAACAACUGAUAUCAAGAAAUCGUAUCGAAGACUCGCCCUGAAAUGGCAUCCUGACAAAAAUCCUGAUAACCAAGAAGAAGCCACGAGUCGUUUCCGUGAGCUAUCUGAAGCAUACGAAGUGUUAAUUGACGAGAAGAAACGAAAGAUAUAUGAUCAAUAUGGCAAAGAAGGGCUCCUCAAUUCUGGUCGACCUUCCAGCGGUCAUCACAGUCACAGAUCACGUGGCGAUCAUGGCGCUGGCUUUGGAGGUUUUGAUUCCUUCGGGUUCGGUUCACCUUUCGACUUUGGUUUUGGCUUCCCCGGAUUCGCUUUUAGGGAUCCAGAAGAAGUUUUCAAAGAAUUCUUUAGAGGUGACCCAAUGGCUGAUCUCAUGGAUGAUUUCUUUGGCAAUGAUCCUUUCUUUGGAGGUUCGAGAAAUAGAAACAACAACAACAAUCGAGGUCAAAGGGCAUCCGUUAGUGGUGGAUUGUCUCGUCAGCCCAACAAUUCUCUCGCCAGCCCGUUUUUCUCACCAAUGGGUUUCGGAAUGGGCGGUCUCGGUGGUCCAAUGGGCAUAAGCAACUUUUUCAGUAUGCACGAUACCAUGGGCAGUGGCGUAGGAGGAUCGGAAUUCUUCUCAACUACCACCUUUGGCGUUGGUGCUGGCGGUCAGCCCGUCCCUGCCGUCAAACGGACCUCUACUUCCACACGGGUUAGCAACGGGAAAAAAAUCGUCACAAAAAAAGUCGUAGAAAAUGGAGUGGAAACAGUCACGAUCAGUGAAAAUGGCGUACUUAAAUCGAAGACUAUUAACGGUGUCGCUCAGGCUAUCGCAUAUUAACAUCGUAAGAGCUUAAGUUUAUUCUUAAGAAGAGGAUAUGAUUGACGCUAUUUCCAGCUUUCACACUCUUACCAUUAAUAAUGCGGGGAGAGGAGCGUCUCGAUUUUUCUCUAUUCACACAUGCGUUUUGUAUAUAGGACCAAAGACUAAGAUAAAAAUUGACGGGAAAAUAAUCGUUGUUUGAUCGGAGGAAUUAUUAACCUCCUGCUCGUCGACGAAGACACAGAAAACUGUUAGCUGCUUUCUUGCUCUGUAAAAACCGCGAACGAUUAAGUGAAAUUUCAAUCACUGAAAAUCAACUCUCAGAGAUCCUUAUUGAAAUGUUGGGUUAAAACUUGUAUGUUGGAUUCUUGGUCCUUUCUCUCGCAACCUCAUGGCUUUUCCGAUGUCCCGUUCAAUUUCGUGUCCCAUCCCUAUUGGCGUGGGUAAAAAUCGAUUCGAGAAGUUUCCUUGAAUAAGUGAUCGUUUAUAGUUACUUGCACCAUGUUUCACCUGAUGAAGAGGAAGUGGAAGAAAAUAGCACAGCGUUUCUUAUAUUAUUUUUAUUUGCGCCAAUAUAGCGUGCUGAAAAUUGAUUGAAAUCCUUGUGUAAAAUGUUAUAACAAUCGAACGAUGAAGAUUGUAAAUCAAUCACA